UGUCACACCAUACCUGUGGAGCGCUCGUCUCUCCACAACACCACCAUGGGGACUUUAAAUUUAACAACUAUAACAUUAGUAACAUGGAUUGCUCUAUUUAUUGGACUGACUGCUGCACAAACGACCGUAGCAAUUAUUGAACCACUGAUGACAAAGCAACUGAUUUCAGGAAUUGCUUCAGCGCAUAACGAGCUCGUCUGCAGCACGUGGGGAAAUUGCCACUUCUUGACGUUCGACAGAGACCUUUUCCAGCUCCCGUCUACGUGUAACCACAUCCUGACGUCGCACUGCAGAGGCAGCUAUGAAGACUUUAAUGUUCAGAUGAGACGGGAGAUCGUGAACGGCGAACCAACAAUCAGCAAAAUCUCCCUGAAGCUGGACGGCACAGUGGUGGAGCUCAGUAAAGGCUUAAUCAUUGUCAACGGCCAAACGGUCACGGCACCAUUUGCCAGCAGCAGUGUAUAUAUUGAAAGACUCAGCUCUUACAUCUCCAUCAAAUCCACAGUGGGGCUAAAAGCUAUGUGGAAUGAAGAUGAUGGCUUCAUGAUUGAAUUAGAUGCAAAGUACAAAAAUCGGACCUGUGGGCUUUGCGGCGACUUCAACGGCGUCUCUGGUUACAAUGAAAUGAUCAAGAAUGAUGUGCUGCUCUCUCCGUCUGAUUAUGGAAGUCUCUGGAAGAUGGACGGACCCACAGAAAGAUGCGAGGACAUACCUGCACCAAAAUAUACAAACUGCGGAGAUGAGAAUUUCUGCCGUCAGCUGUUCCUCAAAGCGGAGUUCAGCAGCUGCACAUCUCUGGUGUCGGUCGAUAUGUUUGUGACAGCAUGUAUGGAGGAUCUGUGCCAGUGUAACACAACUUCCUGCUUGUGUAAAACCGUAGCCGAGUAUUCACGUCAGUGUGUGCACGCAGGAGGGAAACCCGAAAACUGGAGGACUGACACCUUCUGCCCCAAGUCAUGUUCAGGUACCCUGCAGUACACCGAAUGUGGCAGUCCAUGUACGGAUACCUGCUCGAACUCUGAGAGAGGGGAAGUGUGUGGAGAACACUGCAUCGAUGGAUGCUUCUGUCCUUCUGGCACUGUGUGGGAUGAUGUGACCAACUCCAGCUGUAUUCCGCUGAGUUCCUGCUCCUGUGUUCAUGAAGGAAAUGUUUAUCAAUCUGGAGAGAAUUACACAGGUAGCUGCAGAGAAUGCACUUGUUCAGGAGGUCAGUGGGUAUGUGUGUAUAAAGACUGCCCUGGUACUUGCUCAGUUUUGGGAGGAUCACACGUCAUAACGCUUGACAAUAAGCAGUACACGUUUCAUGGGGACUGUUCGUACGUCCUUGCAAAGGAGUGCACUGGCAAUGAUUUCACCAUUCUGGGUGACUUGAUGCAAUGCGGACUGACAAGCACAGAAAGCUGCCUGAAAACGGUUACGCUCGCAUUAUCACAAGACACUAAGGUGAUCCAAGUGGACUCGUCUGGGAAUGUUAACGUGGACAGGAUUUACACACAGCUUCCAUUGUUUACAGCUGACUUGAGCAUCUAUAUGCCGUCUUCCUUCUACAUCGUCAUCAACGUCAUCAAGUCCAACCUUCUUCUGCAGAUCCAGCUGGUUCCCAUCAUGCAGGUUUUCAUCACACUGAAUCCAGUUUUUCAAGGACAAACAUGUGGACUUUGUGGUAAUUUCAACAACAUACAGGCAGAUGAUUUCACCACACCUGGUGGACUUACAGAAGGAACAGCGGUGGAUUUUGCCAACAGCUGGAAGGCCAGAGCAAACUGCUAUGAUAUCCAGAGAUCUUUUGAGAUCCCGUGCAGUCUGAGCACUGAAAACGAGAAAUAUGCUCAGUACUGGUGUUCCCUGCUGUCAGAUCCUUCUGGAGUUUUCGCUCCCUGCCAUUCAGAGAUCAGCCCUAAUACCUACCAAACGAACUGUAUAUACGACACGUGUAAUUGUGAGAAGUCCGAGGACUGCAUGUGUGCUGCUCUGUCCUCCUACGCACACGCGUGUGCUGCUAAAGGGAUCGUCCUCAGCGGCUGGAGAGAUGUUGCUUGCAAUAACUCCACGACGUGCAGCAGCUCCUUAGUUUUCUCAUAUGAAAUGACCAGCUGUGACCGCACAUGUCGCUUCAUCGGGCAGGAGGACUACACCUGCAUCAACCCAGUGAAAGUUGAGGGUUGCGGCUGUGCACCGGGGACCUACAUGAAUGAAAACGGAGUGUGUGUUGACGCAAAUAACUGCCCGUGUUACGAUGCCAACACCAUCAUUCAGCCCGGCGAGAUCAUUAGCAAAGACGGCACCACAUGCACAUGUAAGCAAGGCACACUGAGCUGCUUUGGUCUACUGAAGGUGGAAGAAUGUGUGGCGCCAAUGACGUACUUCAACUGCUCCAGCGCUGCUCCCGGAAGCACCGGCUCUGAAUGUCAGAAAAGCUGCCAAAUCCUGGACAUGGCCUGUAUCAGCACAGAGUGUGUUUCCGGCUGCAUGUGUCCCUCUGGCCUGGUGUUCGACGGAAAAGGUGGCUGUAUUUCUGAAGACCUUUGUCCAUGUGUCCAUAACGGAGUGAAUUAUCAAUCUGGCGAGAGCGUUCAAGAUGGCUGCAACACAUGCAUCUGUCAGGACAGAAGAUGGCAGUGCACCACAAAUCAGUGCAGUGGAACGUGUACCAUUUACGGAGAUGGCCAUUAUCUAUCCUUCGACAAAAAACUAUACGUGUUUAAUGGAAACUGUGAAUAUGCCCUCGCUCAGGACUUCUGUAGUGGCAGUAGCACCAACGGCACUUUCAGAGUCAUCACUGAAAACAUUCCCUGUGGAACAACCGGGACCACCUGCUCAAAGUCCAUCAAACUCUUCAUAGGAAGCAAUGAGCUGAUCCUCUCAGAUGGAACAUACCAAGUGGUACAGAGAAGCAAUGGAGAGGAAAUCCCGUACCAGAUCCGCACCAUGGGAAACUACUUGGUGGUUGAGACCUACAACGGCAUAAUGCUUGUAUGGGACAGAAAAACAACCAUAUACAUUGUGCUGAGUCCUCAGUUUAAUGGAAAUGUGUGCGGUCUGUGUGGAAACUUUGAUGGCAAUGCCAAUAAUGACUUCACCACAAGAAGCCAAGAAGUGGUCAUUGACCCAGUCACCUUUGGAAAUAGCUGGAAAGUGUCUCCUACUUGUCCAGAGGCGCUGGCCGUUAGCAAUCCAUGUGCUAACAAUCCAUACAGGGAGGCAUGGGCACAGAAACAGUGCAGCAUCAUAAACAGUGACACUUUUGGUGCCUGCCAUUCACAGGUGGAACCAUCUUCUUAUUAUACUGCAUGUGUGAGUGAUGCAUGUGCUUGUGACACCGGAGGAGAUUGUGAGUGUUUCUGUACUGCUGUAGCAGCCUACGCUAAGGCCUGUAGUGCUGCUGGAGUGUGUGUUGCCUGGAGAAGCCCAAAAGUUUGCCCACUGUUCUGUGAUUACUACAACCCACCUGGUGAGUGUGAGUGGCACUACAAACCUUGUGGUCACACGUGUAUGAAGACCUGCAGAAACCCCACAGGAAACUGCACAAUGGAGACUCCAGGACUGGAAGGUUGCUAUCCUGAAUGCCCAGCAGAUCUCCCAUUGUUUGAUGAGGAUAUCAUGAAGUGUGUGUCACAAUGUGGCUGCUAUGCUGAAAUGCUACGUUAUGAGAUCGGCCAGUCUAUCCCUACUAAAAACAACUGCCAGACAUGUCACUGCACAUCAAAUGGAGAGAGCUGCAAAUAUGAUGUAAACGCUUGUACAUGUCAACAUAAUGGUACCAUGUACAAGUACAAAGACAUCAUUUACUACACAACAGAUGGACUUGGACACUGCAUUACUGCUAUAUGUGCUGAGGAUGGAAAUAUUAACAAGACAGUGGAACCUUGUGCAACUACAGUUGCCCCAACAGUACCAACAACACCACUGACUACAACACCAAAGCCUACAACUGUAUUUGUUUUCACCACUCCAGAGAUAACAACUCUAAAUGCAACAACAACCACAGAAGCAGCUCCAACAACUCCAACAAUCACAACAGGUGAAAGCAAAACCACACAAAUCUCUACAACAGCAACAACAGCGAUUGCUGCAAUCACAAAAACACCUAGCACACUUACUGGCACAACAGGCACAACAUCAACAUCAAUGAAAAGCAUGUCACCUACCCUGUCAACAGAAAUCACAAGCAUAGCUCCACCAGCGACAACAUCUGUGCCACCAGAAAUGACAACCAUUCAGCCUGUGGAAACUUCUACUGUCAAAGAAAGCACUAUUUCCACAGAAGCACCCCCGACAACUCCAAAAAUCACAACAGAGACAAUAAGCACAGCUCCACUAGUGACAACAUCUCUGCCACCAGAAACAACGACCACUCAGCCACUGGAAACUACUCCAGCCAAAGAAACAACUAUUUCCUCAGAAACAACAACAUUACCUGUUACAACUCUUCCAAUCACCACAACCAUUGCUCCAGAAGUAACAAGUACUCAGCCUUCCACGGAGACCACCAUAUCACCAGAAAUAACAACACUGACAACCAAACCAGUUGUAAAGGCAACAACAGUGGUUCCAGAAGUGACAACUACUCAGGUUCCUAUAACUCCUCCUAAAGAGACCACGGGUCCAGCAGAAACAACAAUACUGACAACCACAGUUGCACCAAAGACAACAUCUGUGCCACCAGAAACAACGAGCACUCAGCCAUUGGAAACUACUCCAGCCAAAGAAACAACUAUUUCCUCAGAAACAACAACAUUACCUGUUACAACUCUUCCAAUCACCACAACCAUUGCUCCAGAAGUAACAAGUACUCAGCCUUCCACGGAGACCACCAUAUCACCAGAAAUAACAACACUGACAACCAAACCAGUUGUAAAGGCAACAACAGUGGUUCCAGAAGUGACAACUACUCAGGUUCCUAUAACUCCUCCUAAAGAGACCACAGGUCCAGCAGAAACAACAAUACUGACAACCACAGUUGCACCAAAGACAACAUCUGUGCCACCAGAAACAACGAGCACUCAGCCAUUGGAAACUACUCCAGCCAAAGAAACAACUAUUUCCUCAGAAACAACAACAUUACCUGUUACAACUCUUCCAAUCACCACAACCAUUGCUCCAGAAGUAACAAGUACUCAGCCUUCCACGGAGACCACCAUAUCACCAGAAAUAACAACACUGACAACCAAACCAGUUGUAAAGGCAACAACAGUGGUUCCAGAAGGGACAACUACUCAGGUUCCUAUAACUCCUCCUAAAGAGACCACAGGUCCAGCAGAAACAACAAUACUGACAACCACAGUUGCACCAAAGACAACAUCUGUGCCACCAGAAAUAACGAGCACUCAGCCAUUGGAAACUACUCCAGCCAAAGAAACAACUAUUUCCUCAGAAACAACAACAUUACCUGUUACAACUCUUCCAAUCACCACAACCAUUGCUCCAGAAGUAACAAGUACUCAGCCUUCCACGGAGACCACCAUAUCACCAGAAAUAACAACACUGACAACCAAACCAGUUGUAAAGGCAACAACAGUGGUUCCAGAAGGGACAACUACUCAGGUUCCUAUAACUCCUCCAAAAGAGACCACAGGUCCAGCAGAAACAACAAUACUGACAACCACAGUUGCACCAAAGACAACAUCUGUGCCACCAGAAAUAACGAGCACUCAGCCAUUGGAAACUACUCCAGCCAAAGAAACAACUAUUUCCUCAGAAACAACAACAUUACCUGUUACAACUCUUCCAAUCACCACAACCAUUGCUCCAGAAGUAACAAGUACUCAGCCUUCCACGGAGACCACCAUAUCACCAGAAAUAACAACACUGACAACCAAACCAGUUGUAAAGGCAACAACAGUGGUUCCAGAAGGGACAACUACUCAGGUUCCUAUAACUCCUCCUAAAGAGACCACAGGUCCAGCAGAAACAACAAUACUGACAACCACAGUUGCACCAAAGACAACAUCUGUGCCACCAGAAAUAACGAGCACUCAGCCAUUGGAAACUACUCCAGCCAAAGAAACAACUAUUUCCUCAGAAACAACAACAUUACCUGUUACAACUCUUCCAAUCACCACAACCAUUGCUCCAGAAGUAACAAGUACUCAGCCUUCCACGGAGACCACCAUAUCACCAGAAAUAACAACACUGACAACCAAACCAGUUGUAAAGGCAACAACAGUGGUUCCAGAAGUGACAACUACUCAGGUUCCUAUAACUCCUCCUAAAGAGACCACAGGUCCAGCAGAAAAAACAAUACUGACAACCACAGUUGCACCAAAGACAACAUCUGUGCCACCAGAAACAACGAGCACUCAGCCAUUGGAAACUACUCCAGCCAAAGAAACAACUAUUUCCUCAGAAACAACAACAUUACCUGUUACAACUCUUCCAAUCACCACAACCAUUGCUCCAGAAGUAACAAGUACUCAGCCUUCCACGGAGACCACCAUAUCACCAGAAAUAACAACACUGACAACCAAACCAGUUGUAAAGGCAACAACAGUGGUUCCAGAAGUGACAACUACUCAGGUUCCUAUAACUCCUCCUAAAGAGACCACAGGUCCAGCAGAAACAACAAUACUGACAACCACAGUUGCACCAAAGACAACAUCUGUGCCACCAGAAACAACGAGCACUCAGCCAUUGGAAACUACUCCAGCCAAAGAAACAACUAUUUCCUCAGAAACAACAACAUUACCUGUUACAACUCUUCCAAUCACCACAACCAUUGCUCCAGAAGUAACAAGUACUCAGCCUUCCACGGAGACCACCAUAUCAUCAGAAAUAACAACACUGACAACCAAACCAGUUGUAAAGGCAACAACAGUGGUUCCAGAAGUGACAACUACUCAGGUUCCUAUAACUCCUCCUAAAGAGACCACAGGUCCAGCAGAAACAACAAUACUGACAACCACAGUUGCACCAAAGACAACAUCUGUGCCACCAGAAACAACGAGCACUCAGCCAUUGGAAACUACUCCAGCCAAAGAAACAACUAUUUCCUCAGAAACAACAACAUUACCUGUUACAACUCUUCCAAUCACCACAACCAUUGCUCCAGAAGUAACAAGUACUCAGCCUUCCACGGAGACCACCAUAUCACCAGAAAUAACAACACUGACAACCAAACCAGUUGUAAAGGCAACAACAGUGGUUCCAGAAGUGACAACUACUCAGGUUCCUAUAACUCCUCCUAAAGAGACCACAGGUCCAGCAGAAACAACAAUACUGACAACCACAGUUGCACCAAAGACAACAUCUGUGCCACCAGAAAUAACGAGCACUCAGCCAUUGGAAACUACUCCAGCCAAAGAAACAACUAUUUCCUCAGAAACAACAACAUUACCUGUUACAACUCUUCCAAUCACCACAACCAUUGCUCCAGAAGUAACAAGUACUCAGCCUUCCACGGAGACCACCAUAUCACCAGAAAUAACAACACUGACAACCAAACCAGUUGUAAAGGCAACAACAGUGGUUCCAGAAGGGACAACUACUCAGGUUCCUAUAACUCCUCCUAAAGAGACCACAGGUCCAGCAGAAACAACAAUACUGACAACCACAGUUGCACCAAAGACAACAUCUGUGCCACCAGAAAUAACGAGCACUCAGCCAUUGGAAACUACUCCAGCCAAAGAAACAACUAUUUCCUCAGAAACAACAACAUUACCUGUUACAACUCUUCCAAUCACCACAACCAUUGCUCCAGAAGUAACAAGUACUCAGCCUUCCACGGAGACCACCAUAUCACCAGAAAUAACAACACUGACAACCAAACCAGUUGUAAAGGCAACAACAGUGGUUCCAGAAGUGACAACUACUCAGGUUCCUAUAACUCCUCCUAAAGAGACCACAGGUCCAGCAGAAACAACAAUACUGACAACCACAGUUGCACCAAAGACAACAUCUGUGCCACCAGAAACAACGAGCACUCAGCCAUUGGAAACUACUCCAGCCAAAGAAACAACUAUUUCCUCAGAAACAACAACAUUACCUGUUACAACUCUUCCAAUCACCACAACCAUUGCUCCAGAAGUAACAAGUACUCAGCCUUCCACGGAGACCACCAUAUCACCAGAAAUAACAACACUGACAACCAAACCAGUUGUAAAGGCAACAACAGUGGUUCCAGAAGUGACAACUACUCAGGUUCCUAUAACUCCUCCUAAAGAGACCACAGGUCCAGCAGAAACAACAAUACUGACAACCACAGUUGCACCAAAGACAACAUCUGUGCCACCAGAAAUAACGAGCACUCAGCCAUUGGAAACUACUCCAGCCAAAGAAACAACUAUUUCCUCAGAAACAACAACAUUACCUGUUACAACUCUUCCAAUCACCACAACCAUUGCUCCAGAAGUAACAAGUACUCAGCCUUCCACGGAGACCACCAUAUCACCAGAAAUAACAACACUGACAACCAAACCAGUUGUAAAGGCAACAACAGUGGUUCCAGAAGGGACAACUACUCAGGUUCCUAUAACUCCUCCUAAAGAGACCACAGGUCCAGCAGAAACAACAAUACUGACAACCACAGUUGCACCAAAGACAACAUCUGUGCCACCAGAAAUAACGAGCACUCAGCCAUUGGAAACUACUCCAGCCAAAGAAACAACUAUUUCCUCAGAAACAACAACAUUACCUGUUACAACUCUUCCAAUCACCACAACCAUUGCUCCAGAAGUAACAAGUACUCAGCCUUCCACGGAGACCACCAUAUCACCAGAAAUAACAACACUGACAACCAAACCAGUUGUAAAGGCAACAACAGUGGUUCCAGAAGUGACAACUACUCAGGUUCCUAUAACUCCUCCUAAAGAGACCACAGGUCCAGCAGAAACAACAAUACUGACAACCACAGUUGCACCAAAGACAACAUCUGUGCCACCAGAAAUAACGAGCACUCAGCCAUUGGAAACUACUCCAGCCAAAGAAACAACUAUUUCCUCAGAAACAACAACAUUACCUGUUACAACUCUUCCAAUCACCACAACCAUUGCUCCAGAAGUAACAAGUACUCAGCCUUCCACGGAGACCACCAUAUCACCAGAAAUAACAACACUGACAACCAAACCAGUUGUAAAGGCAACAACAGUGGUUCCAGAAGGGACAACUACUCAGGUUCCUAUAACUCCUCCUAAAGAGACCACAGGUCCAGCAGAAACAACAAUACUGACAACCACAGUUGCACCAAAGACAACAUCUGUGCCACCAGAAAUAACGAGCACUCAGCCAUUGGAAACUACUCCAGCCAAAGAAACAACUAUUUCCUCAGAAACAACAACAUUACCUGUUACAACUCUUCCAAUCACCACAACCAUUGCUCCAGAAGUAACAAGUACUCAGCCUUCCACGGAGACCACCAUAUCACCAGAAAUAACAACACUGACAACCAAACCAGUUGUAAAGGCAACAACAGUGGUUCCAGAAGUGACAACUACUCAGGUUCCUAUAACUCCUCCUAAAGAGACCACAGGUCCAGCAGAAACAACAAUACUGACAACCACAGUUGCACCAAAGACAACAUCUGUGCCACCAGAAAUAACGAGCACUCAGCCAUUGGAAACUACUCCAGCCAAAGAAACAACUAUUUCCUCAGAAACAACAACAUUACCUGUUACAACUCUUCCAAUCACCACAACCAUUGCUCCAGAAGUAACAAGUACUCAGCCUUCCACGGAGACCACCAUAUCACCAGAAAUAACAACACUGACAACCAAACCAGUUGUAAAGGCAACAACAGUGGUUCCAGAAGUGACAACUACUCAGGUUCCUAUAACUCCUCCUAAAGAGACCACAGGUCCAGCAGAAACAACAAUACUGACAACCACAGUUGCACCAAAGACAACAUCUGUGCCACCAGAAACAACGAGCACUCAGCCAUUGGAAACUACUCCAGCCAAAGAAACAACUAUUUCCUCAGAAACAACAACAUUACCUGUUACAACUCUUCCAAUCACCACAACCAUUGCUCCAGAAGUAACAAGUACUCAGCCUUCCACGGAGACCACCAUAUCACCAGAAAUAACAACACUGACAACCAAACCAGUUGUAAAGGCAACAACAGUGGUUCCAGAAGUGACAACUACUCAGGUUCCUAUAACUCCUCCUAAAGAGACCACAGGUCCAGCAGAAACAACAAUACUGACAACCACAGUUGCACCAAAGACAACAUCUGUGCCACCAGAAAUAACGAGCACUCAGCCAUUGGAAACUACUCCAGCCAAAGAAACAACUAUUUCCUCAGAAACAACAACAUUACCUGUUACAACUCUUCCAAUCACCACAACCAUUGCUCCAGAAGUAACAAGUACUCAGCCUUCCACGGAGACCACCAUAUCACCAGAAAUAACAACACUGACAACCAAACCAGUUGUAAAGGCAACAACAGUGGUUCCAGAAGUGACAACUACUCAGGUUCCUAUAACUCCUCCUAAAGAGACCACAGGUCCAGCAGAAACAACAAUACUGACAACCACAGUUGCACCAAAGACAACAUCUGUGCCACCAGAAACAACGAGCACUCAGCCAUUGGAAACUACUCCAGCCAAAGAAACAACUAUUUCCUCAGAAACAACAACAUUACCUGUUACAACUCUUCCAAUCACCACAACCAUUGCUCCAGAAGUAACAAGUACUCAGCCUUCCACGGAGACCACCAUAUCACCAGAAAUAACAACACUGACAACCAAACCAGUUGUAAAGGCAACAACAGUGGUUCCAGAAGUGACAACUACUCAGGUUCCUAUAACUCCUCCUAAAGAGACCACAGGUCCAGCAGAAACAACAAUACUGACAACCACAGUUGCACCAAAGACAACAUCUGUGCCACCAGAAACAACGAGCACUCAGCCAUUGGAAACUACUCCAGCCAAAGAAACAACUAUUUCCUCAGAAACAACAACAUUACCUGUUACAACUCUUCCAAUCACCACAACCAUUGCUCCAGAAGUAACAAGUACUCAGCCUUCCACGGAGACCACCAUAUCACCAGAAAUAACAACACUGACAACCAAACCAGUUGUAAAGGCAACAACAGUGGUUCCAGAAGUGACAACUACUCAGGUUCCUAUAACUCCUCCUAAAGAGACCACAGGUCCAGCAGAAACAACAAUACUGACAACCACAGUUGCACCAAAGACAACAUCUGUGCCACCAGAAACAACGAGCACUCAGCCAUUGGAAACUACUCCAGCCAAAGAAACAACUAUUUCCUCAGAAACAACAACAUUACCUGUUACAACUCUUCCAAUCACCACAACCAUUGCUCCAGAAGUAACAAGUACUCAGCCUUCCACGGAGACCACCAUAUCACCAGAAAUAACAACACUGACAACCAAACCAGUUGUAAAGGCAACAACAGUGGUUCCAGAAGUGACAACUACUCAGGUUCCUAUAACUCCUCCUAAAGAGACCACGGGUCCAGCAGAAACAACAAUACUGACAACCACAGUUGCACCAAAGACAACAUCUGUGCCACCAGAAACAACGAGCACUCAGCCAUUGGAAACUACUCCAGCCAAAGAAACAACUAUUUCCUCAGAAACAACAACAUUACCUGUUACAACUCUUCCAAUCACCACAACCAUUGCUCCAGAAGUAACAAGUACUCAGCCUUCCACGGAGACCACCAUAUCACCAGAAAUAACAACACUGACAACCAAACCAGUUGUAAAGGCAACAACAGUGGUUCCAGAAGGGACAACUACUCAGGUUCCUAUAACUCCUCCUAAAGAGACCACAGGUCCAGCAGAAACAACAAUACUGACAACCACAGUUGCACCAAAGACAACAUCUGUGCCACCAGAAAUAACGAGCACUCAGCCAUUGGAAACUACUCCAGCCAAAGAAACAACUAUUUCCUCAGAAACAACAACAUUACCUGUUACAACUCUUCCAAUCACCACAACCAUUGCUCCAGAAGUAACAAGUACUCAGCCUUCCACGGAGACCACCAUAUCACCAGAAAUAACAACACUGACAACCAAACCAGUUGUAAAGGCAACAACAGUGGUUCCAGAAGUGACAACUACUCAGGUUCCUAUAACUCCUCCUAAAGAGACCACAGGUCCAGCAGAAACAACAAUACUGACAACCACAGUUGCACCAAAGACAACAUCUGUGCCACCAGAAACAACGAGCACUCAGCCAUUGGAAACUACUCCAGCCAAAGAAACAACUAUUUCCUCAGAAACAACAACAUUACCUGUUACAACUCUUCCAAUCACCACAACCAUUGCUCCAGAAGUAACAAGUACUCAGCCUUCCACGGAGACCACCAUAUCACCAGAAAUAACAACACUGACAACCAAACCAGUUGUAAAGGCAACAACAGUGGUUCCAGAAGUGACAACUACUCAGGUUCCUAUAACUCCUCCUAAAGAGACCACAGGUCCAGCAGAAACAACAAUACUGACAACCACAGUUGCACCAAAGACAACAUCUGUGCCACCAGAAAUAACGAGCACUCAGCCAUUGGAAACUACUCCAGCCAAAGAAACAACUAUUUCCUCAGAAACAACAACAUUACCUGUUACAACUCUUCCAAUCACCACAACCAUUGCUCCAGAAGUAACAAGUACUCAGCCUUCCACGGAGACCACCAUAUCACCAGAAAUAACAACACUGACAACCAAACCAGUUGUAAAGGCAACAACAGUGGUUCCAGAAGUGACAACUACUCAGGUUCCUAUAACUCCUCCUAAAGAGACCACAGGUCCAGCAGAAACAACAAUACUGACAACCACAGUUGCACCAAAGACAACAUCUGUGCCACCAGAAACAACGAGCACUCAGCCAUUGGAAACUACUCCAGCCAAAGAAACAACUAUUUCCUCAGAAACAACAACAUUACCUGUUACAACUCUUCCAAUCACCACAACCAUUGCUCCAGAAGUAACAAGUACUCAGCCUUCCACGGAGACCACCAUAUCACCAGAAAUAACAACACUGACAACCAAACCAGUUGUAAAGGCAACAACAGUGGUUCCAGAAGUGACAACUACUCAGGUUCCUACAACUCCUCCUAAAGAGACCACAGGUCCAGCAGAAACAACACUGACAACCACAGUUGCACCAAAGACAACAUCUGUGCCACCAGAAAUAUUGACCACUCAGCCAUUGGAAACUACUCCAGCCAAAGAAACAACUAUUUCCCCAGGAACAACAUUACCUGUUACAACUCUUCCAAUCACCACAACCAUUGCUCCAGAAGUAACAAGUAGUCCGCCUUCCACGGAGACCACCAUAUCACCAGAAAUAACAACACUGACAACCAAACCAGUUGUAAAGGCAACAACAGUGGUUCCAGAAGUGACAACUACUCAGGUUCCUACAACUCCUCCUAAAGAGACCACAGGUCUAGCAGAAACAACACUGACAACUACAGUUGCACCAAAGACUACACCUGUGCCACCAGAAAUAACGACCACUCAGCCUUUGGAAACUACUCCAGCCAAAGAAACAACAUUACCUAUUUCCAUUCCUCCAAUCACCACCACCAUUGCUCCAGAAGUAACCAGCACUCAGCCUUCCACAGAGACAACAUUAGGAAUUGUGACUGGACCCACACCAACUACUUUAAUUCCAACAACCGGCAAGCAAAUGAAUGUUAGUACUACUGUAACUUUACCUGUGACAACAAGCCCUGUCUGUUGUUUUGUGAACGGAACAGAUUUUCCAUCAGAUACCAUCAUUUACAAUGUAACUGAUGGCUUUGGAUGGUGCUUCACUGCAUAUUGCAAUGCCACUUGUGAUGUUGUGACAAUGUCGUAUUCCUGUUUGACAACACCACCUCCGAUUACCACCACACCAAUCAGCACCACAGCAUUUAAGACAACACCAACAGUAGCUCCAACAAGUAUUCCCACUUUUGCUCCACCUCCUACAACUGUAGCCCCAGACUGUGCCAGUCUUAAUCCACCAAGAAAGAAUGGGGAGUCCUGGAAAGUGGAUAACUGCACCACUGCUACAUGUACUAAUGGCACAGUCAUCCAUGAACCAGUGUACAAGUGUGGCCCAGUUGAACAAAUAACCUGCGCAAAUGGCCGAUCACCCAUUAAGGUUUAUGAUGAGAGUGGCUGCUGCUUCAAAUAUGAAUGUGAAUGCUCUUGUAGUGGAUGGAGCGGCUCUCAUUACAUCACAUUUGGUGGAACACCUUAUACCUUCAGUGAUAACUGCUCAUACAUUUUGGUUCAAGAAAUUUACAAUGCAAAUCUGAAAAUCGUCCUUGACAAGGAAGUCUGCAGCACUGGGAGCUCAUUCUGCCCACAGAGCCUGAUAAUUACAUACAAUUCACAGGAUGUUAUUCUGACACAGACAAUGACAUCAAACGGCGCAACUAAUGUGGUGAUGGUGAAUAACAAGCAAGUCUAUCCUGUCUUCAACAAUGCUAAUUACAUGAUCACAAGCACAGGCAUGGAGAUCAAAGUUGUGAUUCCAGAGAUUCAGGCUCAAGUGACCUACACAGGCACCUCGUUUAAUAUUGACUUGCCCUUCUCUGAGUUUCAGAACAAUACAGAAGGCCUAUGCGGGACCUGUGAUAACAAUCCAGCAAAUGACUGUAGGUCACCUUCUGGUCAAAUUGAGUCCUGUGUGAACACUGCACCAAGCUGGCAGGUUCCCAACAAGACAUGCAUAGCACCCACCACUCUUCCUCCAAUUACGGCUACUACCAUUAUUCCCCCCACCACACCCUACCCAUGCCAGCCAGUCAUCUGUGAGCUCUUCAACAGCAGCAUGUUUGAGCAAUGCCGUAGCAUCAUUCCUUUAGAGCCAUAUAUGACCAGUUGCGAACAGGAUGUGUGCUCUGGAAAACCUGGUUGUUCGAGUCUGCAGGCUUAUGCAUCCGCAUGUGCCAAAGCUGGAGUGUGUGUGAACUGGAGGAAUUACACUAACGGAGAAUGCGAUUAUAAAUGUCCUGCCACUAAAGUCUAUGAAGCCUGUGGCCCCGCUGUGCAACCAACCUGCAAUUCUCAGUAUAAUGAGAAGUACCAGGAGAUGAUGGCAUCUGAAAGUGCAGGAAUGCAGGAAGGAUGUUUCUGUAUGAAAGGCACCGUCCAGUUCAGCUCAUACUCCGAUGUCUGUGUCACUUCAUGCGCUUGCGUCGGCCCUGAUGGCAGUCCCAAAAUGCUGAAUGAAACAUGGCAGAUUGGCUGCCAACUGUGUGAGUGUGAUGGUGAAAGCGUGAGCGUCCAGUGUAACCCAGUCGUAUGUCCGACCACGAUCGUGCCCACUUGUGACCGACCCGGGGAUGUGCUUGUUAACAAAACAGAUGGCUGCUGCACAAGCUAUGAAUGUCAGUGUGAUACAAGUCAGUGUGUCAUGACCACUAUGGCCUGUCCUCUGGGUUUCACACAAGAGAUGAAUUCAGUUCAACCAGGAGAAUGUUGUCCUACAUACACCUGCAAACCGAUGAAAGUCUGUGUGCAGAACGGAACUCUAUAUCAGCCGGGCUCGCCCAUGCCCAGUGAUGAUAUCUGCGAGGACUGCGAAUGUAGCUCAGAUGUGGAUCCCAGUACUGAACUUCUGAACCGAAAAUGCACGGCAAAACAAUGUGUUACGACAUGUGACGAGGGUUUUGAGUAUCAGGCUGUCCCUGGCAAGUGCUGUGGAGAGUGUGUGAGGACGAGCUGUGUGGUCUUCAUUAAUAAUGGCACAGUGACCAUCCCAGUGAACGAAACAUUUACCCCACCUGAUGAUAAAUGUGUGACAUACACCUGCCAGGAUAUUAACGGUAAUCCCAUGGCAAAGGAAAGCAGGAAAAUAUGCCCCGUGUUCAACCCAGAUAUGUGUGUCCCGGGAACAGAGACGACCGACGCCGACGGCUGCUGCAUGAGCUGCACUCCAAAGGGCACCUGCAGUAUGCAAAGCAACACCACUGUGCUGGUUCAUGGUGACUGCAAGAGCGUAACUCCAGUGGAGAUCACUUCCUGCUCAGGAGCCUGUGCCACUUCUUCGAUGUACUCUGCAGAGUCCAACACAGUGAUGCACAUGUGCAGCUGUUGUUAUGAGCAAGGAACCACCAAGAAGCAAGUGGAGAUGAUUUGCCCUGAUGGAACAACCACCACGUUCACAUAUAUUUACAUCAACUCCUGCGGAUGCCAGGUAUCCGAAUGCACAGAAAAGCAGAGGCGCAGAAGGAGCUUGAGCUCUGAACUGCCCAUGAGAAGGCCGGGUAAACUUCACAAGUGAAGGAAACACAAUGAUUUAUUUGAAACGCUUUUUUUUCGCUAGUAAUCUAUGUAGUGCUUCUUUUCUUCUGUUUGCAAUGCAAUAAGUUGUCUAUUUUCAUGGUUAUAAUAUUAUUAUUGUAAGAAUGUUUGAAAAGCUUGUUAACACGGCAUGAUCAGUGUGUCAUGCCUACAAGGUACAUGUCAGGAAGUUUUUCUUUUGUCCUUUGUCUUUUAAAUUCUCAAUAAACUGCUGCAGUUUAAAGCUUU